UGGUAAAAGUUCGCCUACACGGCACACAGGGAAGCCGAAUCGGGUACACCUACUGUCAACAGCCCCAGACGAAUAAUAGGAACACAAGGCUUUAUCGUUGUUGUUUUUUACAGAAAUGUUUGGUGAUCGACUAGGAAUGCCUUGGAGAUCGACCAGUGGAUCGCGAUCGACCGGUUGGUGACCAAUGCUCUAGAAAGUUGAGUGAAGUUCAAUCUCAUGCUUUUCUCUGUGGGCUGACAUUUCUGUACGGCAGUUCCGGGGAGCUGUGUGGCAGUCUUAGAGGGAACAUUGCUGAUGAUUCAACCAUAAACGCAUCAGCAACCACAGCUAAUGAAGUCAAUGAAACCCUUAACAAAGAGUUGUCGUCUGUUUUGGAAUGGGUGGCCAGUAAUAAACUGGUCCUGAACAUCUCUAAAACUAAGAACAUUGUAUUUGGUACAAAUCAUUCCCUAAGUUCUGAAUCUGGUAAUGAACGGUGUGGCUGUUGAACAAGUUGAGGAGACUAAAUUACUUGCCGUUACCUUAGAUUGUAAACUGUUAUGGUCAAAACAGAUUCAAUGGUUGUAAAGAUGGGGAAAGGUUUGCCCGUAAUAAAGAGAUGCUCGGCUUUGACACCACACUCCACAAAGCAAGUCCUGCAGGUUCUAGUUUUAUCUUAUCUUGAUUAUUGUCCAGUCAUAUGGUCAAGUGCUGCAAAGACCUGGUUAAGCUGAAGCUGGUCCAGAACAAUUACACACGAAACUGACACACACACACUUACCCCACUAGAUAUGCCACCAGGGGUCUUUCACAGUCCCCAGGUCCAGAACAAAUUCAAGGAAACAUACAGUAUUAAACAGAGCCAUGAGUGCAUGGAACUCCCAUCUUAUGUAGCACAAGUGAACAGAAAACCUGGUUUAAAAAAAACAAAUAAAGCAACACCUCACGGCACAACGCCUCUCCUACGUGACCUACUUGUUGUGUGUAUGUAUUGACAUGCAUGUGUAACUGAUGUAUUGUGUGUGUGCAUCUAUAUGCAUGUUUUGAAAUGUAUGUAAAUUGUAAAGUCUUUUGUCUGUAAUGUCUUUUUCAUUACACGUCGGACCACAGUAAGACUAGCUGUCCCAACUGGCGUUGGCUAAUGGGAUCCGACGGGGACCAGUACGAAAAAAGUAUCAAAAUGUAGGCACUCACUACUGUAAGUCGCUCUGGAUAAGAGCGUCUGCUAAAUGACUAAAAUGUCAAUAAAAAUCCUAAUAAAUAAAAUAAAAUCCUCAACUGUCAAUUAAGCAACUUUUGGGCUCCCGAGUGGGGCGGCAGUCUAAGGCACUGCAUCUCAGUGCUAGAGGCGUCAAUACAGACCCUGGAACGAUUCCAGGCUGUAUCACAACCGGCCGUGAUUGGAAGUAGGGUUAGGGUUUGGCCGGGGUAGGCCGUCAUUGUAAAUAAGUAUUUAUUCUUAACAGACUUGCCUAGUUAAAUAAAGGUUAAAUUAAAAAACAACUACCAAGCGCUGAAAAAAACGAAGGAACCAGCGAUAUUUAUAACUAGUUCAUCAAGAUAAUUAAUCUGUGUAUUUUACAGUGGGAGUAAAUAAAACACAGUGGCAGAACAAGCAAGGAGUUGGGCAAAGCCAAGCACGAGCUCACGAGAUCCUAUUGGCUCGUUGUAGCAUGUAUUUGCAUAUCUUAAAACUUUGACAUAGCGUCAAGUCUAUGAAACUUAGUGAACUUGUUCGUAAAAUAUUUUAGUUUUGGGAACAUAAAAAUGUAUUGAGAUCAGAUGUUUAAUCGAUGAGAAAAUUACCUGAAUGUCGGCCCAGUUUUACCUAGUUCCAUCCUCUCACUACCCGCGACUGGACUUCCUCUCACUACCAUAUUUGGUGUUGAGAAAACGUUCUGAACGUACCCUUCAGCGUUAUAGCCCCUAUGACGUAUCUGAGUUAACCCUUCGUUUGCGCCAUAAACAUCUAUUUGACUUCAAGGUAUUGCAUUCUGGGAACCGAUGUUAUUUUAUCCCGCGUCUUUUCUGUUCUCUAACGACUUGUCCAUUAGAAGAGAACACUACUUCCCAUAAUGCAAAUGUAGUCCCCCCCCCAGUCAAAGUUGGUCCGUCUGCUGAGAAAUGAAAUUGGAAAAUGAGAGCAGCGAAAGGAGUAACCGAGGAGAUAAAAUUGAAAAUAUUGCACAUUGACAUCAAAUAUGCGACAGUACCGCAGUUGUAUUAGCGACGGUUCGUUAUGACAGACGUUGCACGGUGUUCUGUCUUGCUCCGUUUUUGUUAGCUAUAUGGAUGUUGAACUAGCUGGCUAGCCACCUCCCUGUCACGAGCAACGCCGGGGUGUAUUCUUCGUUUAGACUUCGGUUCAUCACCGUACUGCAUGUUGCAGUGGCCGAAAGGAGGGCCAGGGCUCGGUUAUAGCAUUUGAGAUUCACCGCUGUACAAGAGCAUCAGUUCACAACAUUUGUCAACAAUGCACAACUCGUUGCAAGCUAUAAUUAUUUCCAUCUUUUAUGCAAGUUAGCCAGUCAGCAGUUAAUAUUAUGGCACAGUACAGAAAUUAAUAGCCAGUAACAUUUCAGUGCCGUGGUACAAGUGCAGGUGGUGCAUUCCGAAAAGUGAUAAGGGAUCAUACACGGCAGGAUGGAGCGAGGAGGCACCAUGGAGCGAGCAGGUAGCAUCCAGCUGGACGUCCCUGAAUUUAGCAACUCUGUGCUGUCCCAACUGAACCAGCUGCGUAUGCAGGGGCGGCUGUGCGACAUAGUGGUGAACGUGCAGGGCCAGAGCUUCCGUGCUCACAAGGUUGUGUUGGCUGCCAGCUCCCCUUACUUCCGAGACCACAUGUCACUGGGCCAGAUGAGCACUGUGUCCCUGUCAGUCAUCCGCAACCCCUCGGUGUUUGAUCAGCUCCUCUCAUACUGCUACACCGGGAGGCUAUGCCUGCAGCUGGCAGACAUCAUCAGCUACCUGACGGCCGCCAGCUUCCUGCAGAUGCAGCACAUCAUUGACCGCUGCACGCAGAUCCUGGAGGGCAUCCAUCUAAAGAUCAGCCUGGCGGAGGAGGAGCUAGGGGCCGGAGGGGGGCACAGGGGGGCUGGGAGCUUGGAGGAAGGAGGAGGAGGUGGGGUAGGAACAUCAGGGUGCUCCGUAAGCCCGCGCCACAGCAGCCCCAGGGUUCUGGGCCCUCAAGGAAGCAGAACCCGAGGUGCCAUGGAUAUCCGAGAGGUGGGAAGCCCAGCGGGGGAGUCCAUGAGCCCCCAGAUGGUGGAGAACAGUGGGCUGGGCCCGGAGGGUCUGCCUGGGGGGGUGGAAGUGGGCAGCAGGCUGGGGAAGGAGCCCAUACUGCGCAUCAAUCGGGCCGGCCAGUGGUACGUGGAGGCAGAGUCGGAGAGGGGGAGCGGCGGUGAAGAGGGGGAGUCAAUGAGGGUGGUGGAUGGUUUGAGGAUAAAGACGGAGAGGAUGGAAGAGUGGACGGGGGCUGAUACCCAGGAAGAAGGGAGCGGGGCGGAAGAGGGAGCAGCCAUGAUGAUUGACACGUCCGGGUGCAGCUCGCUGGUGCAGGAGGGUAUUGUCACGGGGGCCAAGAGCUCUCAGCCCUCCAGCAGCUUCAGUGAGACUGAGAGGUUUAGUCCUACUGGCAGUGUGGUGGUGAUGGCAGAGAGACCGAGAGCCAAGUGUGAGUCACCCAGCAGAGUAGACGACCAGUGCCAUCCCAACUCGCAGGGGGAGGAGCAGGCUGUGUUGGGCGGCUACGAGGAGUACCUGCGUGAACAGGUGGCUGACCGCUGGUGCCACUACAACCCUCGACUCACCUGCAUCUACUGCUGCAAGUCCUUCAACCAGAAGGGCAGCCUGGACCGCCACAUGAGGCUGCACAUGGGCAUCACACCUUUCGUGUGCCGCAUCUGUGGCAAGAAAUACACCCGCAAGGACCAGCUCGAGUACCACAUCCGCAAGCACACAGGAAACAAGCCCUUCCAUUGCCAUGUCUGCGGGAAGAGCUUCCCCUUCCAGGCCAUCCUCAACCAGCACUUCCGCAAGAACCACCCGGGCUGCGGCCCUCAAGAGGUGGCCCACAGCGCCUCCCCAGAGACCACCACUGUCUCUUCCCGGGGGGAGCAGAACGAGGAGGGGUCGCCCAGCCAGGAGGAGCCAGAUGGGGGUGGAGGUGGGGCCUCUUUCAGAGAGGGUGUCCAGGCCUCUGUCUCCACCACUGGGCCUGAUUGACCCAGUGGACCAGGGAGGGAGAUGGUUGGGGUAUAGGAGGACAGGGUAUAGGUUAGGUUAAUGGUUUGUACUCUCCUGCCAGGGGAGGAAAGACAAUGUAUGUUGAAGUUGCUUCAAAGGAAAGGAUAAAAAGGGGGAGGUCAGAAGGUCAAGUCCAUCCAGGAUGGGAUUUUUAUAAGCAUUUUUUUUUUUUUUUUAUCCUUAGACUAAACCGCAGGGACAGGAGAACGAAGCAACAGAGUAGUUUGAUAUGGCACUUCGUAAUAUGUCGUUAUUUAUAAAUGAUAUUCCUGCUUUAAACCAUAUCUACCUUCACAAUACAAACAUGAACAGAUUAAGCCAACACAUGAAGAAAUGCCACACACUCCCAAUAACCUCACAACACUGAAUGCAGUGGUUUUUAUUUGACUAUUUUCUUAUGUUACAGUUUUAUUAUUUUGUAUAAUAACUACAUACAAUUUCAAUUCUUGCAUUUUGUCUUGAGACAAUCUUGAACAGAUGGGGGUCAGUGAUAAUCAGACUCUUCUUCAUACAUUAUAUGGGCAAUUCCACGGUUAGAGUCAGUUCUACGGUUGCUCAUGGUUUUCACAUAAAAAUGUAUGUCAAACAAAAAGCAAUGGUUGCAAAGUUAAACAAACCAUACACAUUUUUACACAAGGACUACUUUUAACAAUUUCCAAUUUUACAAAAACACAUUUACUUGAGGUAAUAAAAACAUUUACUUGAACAGUGCAGAGGCAAAGUUUGGUAUCAGAAUGACAGCACCAACAGCACAAACCGUCAUUCUGUUACCAAACUUUGCAUCUGCUCAAGUAAAUUUAUUUUUGUCAAAUGUUCUGUGUAAUUUGUUAAGUAGCCCUUGUACAUAGUUGUAUGGUUUGUUUACAGAGAGCAUCACUAUUACUGUGGAAUUGCCCAUGUGCCAGAAUGGCUUAAAAAUGAAUUCCACAUGAAUAGUAGAUAUGGCGCAGUGAACAAAACCAGUUAAUUUUGUUGAGUAAUGAGUACAAUUAUGAAAAUAAGACUGAUGUCUGUCUUAUGACGAUUUUAUGUCAUGCGUCUUAACACGGCUAAAUGUAUUCAGAAGUAUACCAUUAUUUAAUCAGUGCAACACUUUUACAAUGUAUUAAGAUAUUGGCAAAGGUAAGAGGCCUUUUAAAGAGGACUCUUGUUAAUCCAUAUGUAUUUGACCCAUACCUCCAUAUUCUUUAACCAGCUGCUGAAUGCAUACUUCUAUACAGGAACACAGGAAACUCAGUUUUUAUUUUAUUUUUUAACCUCAGAUAAGCUACAAUAAAACUCUCUUACCUCUCACACAUCACUACGCAAUACAGCUCUGCUCCAAGGAGAUUGGUCGAUGCACUCAGUUGAAUUUACAGUAUGUUCUAAUUUUUCUGUUGUGGUUAACUACCUUUUUUAUAAGUGACAGUUUUUUUUGCAUAAGCGCAUCUUCUGAACAUUUUUAUCUAGCUCUGACAAUGUAUCUGGAGGAUGUAGAGACAAGAUUGUAAUGGAGGACACUCAUAUCGCUAUUGGGGGUGUCCUAAGGAGGAGACAUGAGACUCUGCAGCUGAACUGUAGUACCACCCAAGAGAAAGACUCUGCAGCUGAACUGUAGUACCACCCAAGAGAAAGACUCUGCAGCUGAACUGUAGUACCACCCAAGAGAAAGACUCUGCAGCUGGACUGUAGUACCACCCAAGAGAAAGACUGCAGCUGAACUGUAGUACCACCCAAGAGAAAGACUCUGCAGCUGAACUGUAGUACCACCCAAGAGAAAGACUCUGCAGCUGAACUGUAGUACCACCCAAGAGAAAGACUCUGCAGCUGAACUGUAGUACCACCCAAGAGAAAGACUCUGCAGCUGAACUGUAGUACCACCCAAGAGAAAGACUCUGCAGCUGAACUGUAGUACCACCCAAGAGAAAGACUCUGCAGCUGAACUGUAGUACCACCCAAGAGAAAGACUCUGCAGCUGAACUGUAGUACCACCCAAGAGAAAGACUGCAGCUGAACUGUAGUACCACCCAAGAGAAAGACUCUGCAGCUGAACUGUAGUACCACCCAAGAGAAAGACUCUGCAGCUGAACUGUAGUACCACCCAAGAGAAAGACUCUGCAGCUGAACUGUAGUACCACCCAAGAGAAAGACUCUGCAGCUGAACUGUAGUACCACCCAAGAGAAAGACUCUGCAGCUGAACUGUAGUACCACCCAAGAGAAAGACUCUGCAGCUGGACUGUAGUACCACCCAAGAGAAAGACUGCAGCUGAACUGUAGUACCACCCAAGAGAAAGACUCUGCAGCUUGUCUGUAGUACCACCCAAGAGAAAGACUCUGCAGCUGUUCUGUAGUACCACCCAAGAGAAAGACUCUGCAGCUGAACUGUAGUACCACCCAAGAGAAAGACUGCAGCUGAACUGUAGUACCACCCAAGAGAAAGACUCUGCAGCUGAACUGUAGUACCACCCAAGGUAAAGACUCUACAGCUGUUCUGUAGUACCACCCAAAAGAAAGACUCUGCAGCUGAACUGUAGUACCACCCAAGAGAAAGACUCUGCAGCUGAACUGUAGUACCACCCAAGGUAAAGACUCUGCAGCUGAACUGUAGUACCACCCAAGAGAAAGACUCUGCAGCUGAACUGUAGUACCACCCAAGAGAAAGACUCUGCAGCUGAACUGUAGUACCACCCAAGAGAAAGACUCUGCAGCUGUUCUGUAGUACCACCCAAGAGAAAGACUCUGCAGCUGUUCUGUAGUACCACCCAAGAGAAAGACUCUGCAGCUGAACUGUAGUACCACCCAAGGUAAAGACUCUGCAGCUGAACUGUAGUACCACCCAAGGUAAAGACUCUGCAGCUGUUCUGUAGUACCACCCAAGAGAAAGACUCUGCAGCUGAACUGUAGUACCACCCAAGGUAAAGACUCUGCAGCUGAACUGUAGUACCACCCAAGGUAAAGACUCUGCAGCUGUUCUGUAGUACCACCCAAGAGAAAGACUCUGCAGCUGAACUGUAGUACCACCCAAGAGAAAGACUCUGCAGCUGAACUGUAGUACCACCCAAGAGAAAGACUCUGCAGCUGUUCUGUAGUACCACCCAAGGUAAAGACUCUGCAGCUGUUCUGUAGUACCACCCAAAAGAAAGACUCUGCAGCUGAACUGUAGUACCACCCAAGAGAAAGACUCUGCAGCUGAACUGUAGUACCACCCAAGAGAAAGACUCUGCAGCUGUUCUGUAGUACCACCCAAGGUAAAGACUCUGCAGCUGAACUGUAGUACCACCCAAGAGAAAGACUCUGCAGCUGAACUGUAGUACCACCCAAGAGAAAGACUCUGCAGCUGUUCUGUAGUACCACCCAAGGUAAAGACUCUGCAGCUGAACUGUAGUACCACCCAAGAGAAAGACUCUGCAGCUGAACUGUAGUACCACCCAAGAGAAAGACUCUGCAGCUGAACUGUAGUACCACCCAAGAGAAAGACUCUGCAGCUGAACUGUAGUACCACCCAAGAGAAAGACUCUGCAGCUGAACUGUAGUACCACCCAAGAGAAAGACUCUGCAGCUGAACUGUAGUACCACCCAAGAGAAAGACUCUGCAGCUGUUCUGUAGUACCACCCAAGAGAAAGACUGCAGCCCACUGAUGCUACAGAUGUCCCAUCACCAAAGGAUAGACAUGCUUGCUACAGUGGAGUGUGUUCCACUGGAAAUCAAUCAUUAAGAAGAGGAGGCAUCCAAAGGAAUUGAGAGGACAAGCCAAGGGUCGUAUUUCCCUCCCUCGCAGGGAGGCCAAAAUAACUACGCCAAGCACUUCAAUUAAGGAGGGGUUUGAAAUAAUUACAUUUUUAAAGAAAUAUGUGAAAGAUAUAUCGCAAAUUGAAUUUAACUUAAAACAUUGUUUUUAUACAGAUAAAGGGUAGCACAGUGGAUUGGCCGUUUAUUUUCUUUUUGUUUUAGAACUGAAUCAUUUGUGGGUGUGACGGGAGUUUUUAAUGAAUGGGUGUGACGGGAGUUUUUAAUGAAUGGGUGUAUGCAAGUGAAAAACGUUUACUGAUUUGUCCACUGGGUUUUUCUUAUCUGAACUGAGAAUGCAUUACACAUCACCACAGUACACCUCGGUUAAUAUUCGUCAGACAAAAACAGAUCAACAUUCUUUAUAAAUAUCAGGUAUUUUUGUUUACUGUUUUUAAGUUUACUCUGUUUGUACGUAACAUUUAAGGGGUUUUAGAUAACCAUGGAGCUUGGGCUACCUGCAGAGAAAUCUUACAGCAAGCCUUAUUUAGCAAGUGCAGCUUAACGAAGAUUAAAUGUAUACUGAACUAAAAUAUAAAUGCAAUAUGCAACAAUUUCAAAGAGUUUACUGAGUUACAGUUCCUAUAAGGAAAUCAGUCAAUUUAAAUGAAUUCAGUUGGCCCUAAUCUAUGGAUUUCACAUGAAUGGGCAAGGGUGCAGCUGUGGGUGGGCCUGGGAGGGCAUAAACCCACCCACUGGGGAGCCAGGCCCAGCCAAUCAGAAAUAGUUUUUCCCCACAAAAGGGCUUUAUUACAGACAGGAACACUCCUUAGUAACCCCCCCCAAAUGAUCCCGUAGAUGAAGAAGCCGGAUGUGGAGGUCCUGGGCUGGUGUGGUUACACAUGAUCUGCGGUUGUGAGGCCGGUUGGACGUACUGCCAAAUUCUCUAAAAUUACGUUGGAGGUGGCUUAUGGUAGAGAAAUGAACAUUCAAUUCUCUGGCAACAGCUCUGGUGAACAUUCCUGCGGUCAGCAUGGCAAUUUUACGCUCCCUCAAAACUUGAGACAUCUGUGGCAUUGUGUUGUGCGACAAAACUACUCAUUUUAGAGUGGCCUUUUAUUGUCCCCAGCAGAAGGUGCACCUGUGUAAUGAUCAUGCUGUUUAAUCAGCUUCUUGAUAUGCCACACCUCUCAGGUGGAUGGAUUAUCUUGGCAAAGGAGAAAUGCUCACUAACGGGGAUGUAAACAAAUUUGUGCAAACGAUUUUAGAGAAAUAAGCUUUUUGUGCCUAUGGAACAUUUCUGUGAUCUUUUAUUUCAGCUCAUGAAACAUCAGACCAACACUUUACAUGUUGUGUUUAUAUUUUGUUCAUUGUAUGCAUUGAUAACAUGUGUUUUAUUUUUUAAGUGAAGACGCACGUCCUCAUGGAAGUAGCAAUGCAGCUGUUAUCUUAUAUUGAAACUAGGGAUGCACGAAUUUGGAAAUUCUUGGUCAAUAACCAAUAUUUUCUUGUCCAUGAUGGCUGAUACUGAUAUGACAUUACAAAUAUUGUGUGAACAACUAGCUAUUCAAUUCAUCAAAAUACUUUUUUAAAAACUUUUUUUUAAAUCAAUGAGCAAAUGUUGUAAAGAUCAAACAUUUUCACCUAGAAACACUUUCCAGUGCACCUUGUCAUUUUAUUGUAGCUCAGAUUUAAAGCACUAAUCAGCAGUUGAAGCAAUAACAAAGUGUGUUCCCCAACCGUGUUUCGGUGAGAAAUGAAACCACUCAAAUUCAUAGACAAAGCUAAUGGAUGCAAGAACUGACCAUCCAUGCUUAAAAAAGUAUAGUUUAAACCAUGUUUUGAGGCUAUAUAGUGUUUGUUUACAUUUACAAACAUUGAGUAAAAUAAUCUUACUUUGGGUUCUGAUGGGGUUCGGCAUUAUGUUAUAAUCAAUGGGUCAAUGGGUACAUAAUUCAUUUGAGUACAACAAUGUAUGUAGCAACUGCAGAUUGUCCCUUUAACACCAUCCACUAUUAGUCCAGUUUUUCAGCCAUCAUCGAUCUAUACCGAUAUGAAAGGCAGAUAUACAGUAUCAUGCAUCCCUGAUUGAAACAUAGGUAUAUUAAUACUCAUGGUUGUAGCUUGAAGAUUCUUUACAAUGUGAUUGCUUCAGCUAACAAAAUUUGAAGAUGGUCUUGAAUUGUUCAAUGAUGGAAGAUUUAUGUGAACAUUUUAGUCACACUCACAGUUAAUGCUUCUAAGCCAGUGGUCACCAACCUUGGUUCUGGAGAGCUCUAAUUAUGCUGACUUUAGAAUUAAAGCAUUAAAUUAAAGAAUUAUAGCAUUCCAAUGUAGAACUAAAGUGGAAUGAUUUUAAUUGACAGAUUUUCAGAUACAGUUGAUUUCAUUCAUCUUAGAGGUAUAGUACAUUACAAACCUUGAUGCUGGUAAACCUGGAAUCCAGAUAGAGAAGUAUUUCAUCAUUAUGAAAAUGUGUAAAAACUAUUGGAUUUUUAAACAAUUACUAUAAAACAACAAUUAUUAUGAAACCGAAUACAACUAAUUUUGUUAAAAAUAAUAAUUCCCACCAGGUACCGGGUUUGCUUGAUUUGAAUUUGUUUGAAUAGCCUUUUUGGGGGUUUGAUCAAGAUUUAUUGUUUCAUGCCUUUUUCUUUGUUUAGAACUAAAAUGGCUUUUUAUUUUAUUUUUAAUAAGCUUUAACUGCUUUAAGUGAUUAUUGAUUAUUGAACCCUUGUAUGUGUAUUGUUACUGCUGAAUGUAGAUCAAUGACAGGAACAAGCUCUCGUGAACUAGCCUCUAGUUUGAGCAAAUAACAGAUUUAUGGCGGUUUUCAUCGUCUCCACUUACCUCUAUCUCCUGUGAAGAUCCUUACUAAGCUAGUGAGAGGAUGACAAUAAUACAGAUAUAGUUUAUUAAAGUACUGUCCUGAAAAGUCCUGUUUUGACCCAUCUGUCCAACUGUGAAAAACAACAUAUGAAGCUAAAAAACGUUAAGGAAUCCAAACAUUUCAGUUACUUUAAUGUAUGGUCAAGCUGAGCCCAUAUUUAGCAGUGAUGCAUGUCUUUGUCAUAGGUUUUUAAUGCCAAACUUGGGAAAGUUCCUUUAUCUAUAUAUUUUCUCAAAAUCUUGCCAAAUAAUGAUUUAUUAGGUGAUAUUUAAUAUAUUCUACAUUUUGUGCUAUUAUGUCCUUGUUUUGCUGCUUCAUUGAGCUAUCGUGUCUUAUCAGAUAUAUUCUUUAACAGUUGUCUCAAUGUUUAUACACAAAGAUGCAUAUGUAUAUCCAAUAUGGUUUUGACCACAAAAUGCUUACUCCAACAAAUCAAUAAGCUAUGUAAUUAACGACUUACAGUAAAAUAUUAUUUGACAUUAAAAAUAUAUUGAUAAAAACAUUAUAUCUCAAAGGAAAUGGAAUAUAUUAUAUGACAAUAUUUAAAACGUUUCCUGUCAAGUGAGGUACAAAACCAGCUGUGGUCUUGCAGGUUAUAUGUGAAGUUUAUUUUUAUUUUGCAUGGUCCUGUUCCUGAAAAAGAAACAUUGAUUACACUGUAAAGGCCAAAGGUUGAUUUGUUAUUGUUUUUUAUCAUGUGAAAAUGGGUUACUUCACAAUAACCACUAUCAUUUUCUUCACUAGUACAUAUUAAAGUACAUUCUUCUUAAAGGAAAUAAAAAUACAUCACAAAGUG